AUGUUGCAGGUCAACCCUCGCUAUCGUAUCACCGUCAAACAGCUACUUGACCAUCCAUGGAUCAACCACAAGUACAGCCAGAAACUCAAGUGGACUAGCAUUUAUGAUAGGAACGUAGUUGACGAAGAAGUUGCCACUGAAUUAGCCUUUCAUCACAGAAAAUCUCUUGCAGAGAUGACCGAUUUGAUCAAGGAAUGGAAGUUUGACUACCUCACCGCGACCUAUUAUUUGCUCUUACAACAGAAGGGACGUAGGAAGAAAAUUGCAUUACCUCCUCCUCGGCCGAAAACGGGCGAAUCAUGCGUGACCGCAUCCCCAACAAUCCACGCUUCUCUUGAACAUGAUUUAGACCUUUCGGGUCUUGAUGAUAGCCCUGAUAUUGAUCUAUCCCCACAAAGUUUCCGAUCUGGUAGCAGCAUUAGUGAGCGUUUUGAUGCGAUGUGGCGACAUAAUGAGCGGGACCGUGGUGUU